AUGCGAUGUCUAUGCUUACUAACAUUUUUGAUCGGAGUCGUUGUAACCUACACUACCCCUGCCCUCUCCAGACAGAUCUCAAGACUACAGUCUAAUCGUACUAGUGGAAACAACACAGCAUCAGCAGCUGUAUGUCGUGACAAAGAUCUAGCAAAAUUUAUAAGCACCUCCAUGACAAGAUACAUUCACGACAUGGGCGGUUUAAGCAAGGAUAUUCUUGACCAGAUUACUGCAUAUCGAAAGCCAGGCACGUGGAUUGUGCAUGCAGAAAUCAUUAGUGGAAGAGUGCAAGGUCGCGACUGGCAAACGAUGACAAACGGAGAUGUUUUCAGUGGAAAGAGUCUCUAUGGAUGUUUCUUUCAUGACAUGCAAACAUACAUUCUGGUGCUCAGACUCUAUUAG